GCUCACACGUCUGCUAAUCUCACUGCACCCAGCCCGCUCCGUUGCAUCUCUAGACUUUCCUCGCCUCGCACCUUUCUUCUUGUUAAUCCUCUUCCAGUAGCAACCAGUUCAGUACCACCACCCCAGUGGUAUUGGUUCCUAACUGCAUUUGUAGUGUGCCCGUCGGGCGAGCACGGCCGGCCCGCGUCUGGACCGCAGGCUAAGUGGCUACACAUCGGUGUCGAACUAACCAUGGAGACAGUUGGCAUCCCCGCGGUGAGCUGGGUGGUGGGCAAGGCGCUGAGCCCACUGUCCGACGGCCUGCUGGAGGCGUGGGCUGCCAGCACCAAGCUCGGCUCUAACAUACAAGACCUAAAGCUGGAGCUGCUAGAAGCUCAGGCGGUGCUGGACAGAGUCCGGGGCAGGGAGAUCCACAACCGUGCCCUGGCUGAGAUGCUGGACAGGCUGCGGCAGCUGGCCCACGGGGCAGACGAUGUGCUCGACGAGCUCGACUACUUCCGAACCCAGGAUGAGCUCGAGGGCACCUACCAUGCGGCCGACGCGCAUGCUGAUGGCUGGGUCCGUGACCUCGCCCUCAAUGCACGCCACACGGCCAGAUCUUGUGUGAACACGCUCAAGUUUCCCAUGUGCUCGCGUGACCGCCGCGGUGAGAUAGACGACGGCGGCAAACAAGGUUGCUUCUCAAGCCUCCGCUUUUGUGGUGGCCGGCGUGAAACUGGAUCCUCGUCACGGUCACCCGCACACAAUGUCGGUAAACACUUCUCUUGCUUCUCCUCGGUACCGUCUGUUGACCAUGACACUCAAACUGGCAUGGUGGGAAAUCCCGACAUGACCGGAAAAGACGAAUACUUACAAAUACCAAAAUUGAAGUUUGAUAGGGUGGAAAUGUCUAGAAAGAUAUUGUACCUCAUAGAGCAGUUGAAGCCCGUAUGUGCUAAGGUCUCCAACAUUCUUAAUCUAGAGUUACUGAACUCUAGCCACAUCCCUGUCCAUGACAUUGCUAUGAACAGGACUAAAACCAUCCCACAAAUUAUAGAACCCAAGUUAUAUGGAAGGGAUAGCCACAAAGAGAUUGUCCGAGGUGAAAUUAAUAAUAGUGAACGUUGUGAACUCACGGUGCUUCCAGUUGUUGGCCCGGGUGGUAUUGGGAAGACAACUUUCAUACAGCACAUAUAUGACAAAAUGAAGAGCCAUUUCCAGGUUCACAUUUGGAUAUGUGUCUCUCUUGAUUUUAAUGCAAAUAGGUUGGCAAAAGAUAUCGUGAAAAAGAUCCCCCGGGUUGACAAUGAAAACGAAAAUUGUAGUGCCGAAGAGCUUAUCGAACAAAGAUUAAAAGGAAAGAGGGUUUUACUUGUCUUAGAUGAUGUGUGGAAACAUCCUGAGGAUGAGUGGAAAAAACUAUUGGCUCUAUUUAAAAAAGAGGGGGCAAAAGGUAACAUGGUUAUAGUCACGACUCGAAUAUCCGAGGUAGCAAACACGGUUAAGACAACUAAAUGCUCACUAGAGUUGGACCGCCUAUGUCAUGAAGAUACUAUGUCUUUCUUUGAAGAAUGUGUAUUUGGUGAUGAGAAACCAUGGGUUGACAAUCCAGAAUUAGUUGACAUUGGGAGCAAAAUAGUGGACAAGCUAAAAGGUUCACCUCUUGCAGCAAGAACUGUUGGUUGAUUACUAAGAACAAAACUUAUAUUGAACCACUGGACAAGCGUACUGGAAAGUAAAGAAUGGGAAUUACAAACGGGCGACAAUGAUAUUAUGCCAGCUCUAAAGCUCAGCUAUGAUUAUCUUCCUUUCCAUUUACAACAAUGUUUUUCUUUUUGUGGUUUGUUUCCCGAAGAUUAUGAGUUUGGUAGGGAAGAGUUGGUUCACUUGUGGAUUGGACUAGACAUUUUACAUUCAUGUGAC